UUUGGCAGUAAAACUAAUGAAAUGCAGUCAGUGUCUGUGAUGGAGGAAGACUCUGUCACUUUACAAACUUUUGUUACUAAAAUACACGAAGACGAAGACAUACUAUGGAACUUUGAAGCUGAAACAUCCCUCAUUGCUAAAAUCAGCAUUGAGAACCAAAUCUUCUCCACAUUUGAUGGUGCUGAUGGAAGAUUCAGAGACAGACUGAAGCUGGACAAACAAACUGGAUCUCUGACCAUCACAAAUAUCACAACUCAACAUGCUGGAGUUUAUCAACUAGAGAUAAAUGGGGUGAAACGGUCAUCAAAAACAUUCAGUGUUUCUGUCUAUGCUCGUCUGCCCACUCCCAACAUUAACCAGAGAUUGUUCUUUAUCAUCAUCAAAUUGUUCACUGCUGUGUUCAGUGGCAAAUGUGGGUCAUGUGACUCUCUCCUGGUACAAAGGAAACAGUUUAUUGUCCAGCAUCAGUGUGUCUGAUCUCAGCAUCAGUCUCUCUCUACCUCUGGAGGUGGAAUAUCAGGAUAAAAACACCUACAGCUGUGUGAUCAAAAAUCCCAUCAGAAACCAGACUCAAAACCUCAACAUUACUGAACUCUGUCAGCCAUGUCCAGGUCAGGGCCUACCUUUAUUUUACAUAGUGCUGAUUUCUGCUGCUGCUGGAUCUCUGUUGAUUGUAGUUUCAGUCGCGAUGUGCUGCAUCUGCAGGAAAUGUAGAAAAACAGUCCAGAUACAAGAGGAAGACAGAACUGAUUCAUCACUAUGUAAACCAACAACACGAAAAACGAAAUCAAAGACUGAGGCUGUGUAUGAAAAUGUCCCCAAAAAGCGUUGAUCAAAUACUGUAUCUACUGGAUUUUUGUUGUUAGAGCUCAUACCGGACAACCUCUUCCAUUCUCUUCCUGGACGUCACUGUUU